AUGGGGACUUCCGCCGCAGACGCCUCAACUGGAGUUGAGUCGAAGUCCCCUACACGCUCCAAGAAGACCUCGCCGCCUCGCAAAGACGCCAAGCCAGACUCGACCUCCAAGCCCGACGCUGCGGCCAAUGCUGCACCCGCGAAGCCUCUCGCGCCCCCUCCCCGACCUGCCCAACAAGGAACCAACACUCCAGACUACUUUGCGCCCCAGCCCGGCGGCUCUCUCAGUCUGGAGCCCAAUCCCUUUGAACAGUCCUUCGGAGGCGGUGGUGGUCCUGAGACGCCUGGAGGCACCAAGCUGCCCUCGGUCGCUGCACUGACCUCGCCCUCGUCUCUUCUGCCCGGAACUGGCACCACGCCCUUCAACUGGGGCGGAGGUUCUCUGCGAACCGGUCCUCUGAGCCCUGCCAUGCUUUCCGGCCCGGCUACCGAUUACUUCACUGACAGUCACCUUCGCGGCGGCUUCCCUACUCCCAACGAAUCCUCGUUGCGGUCUGGUCUGACCCCCGGCGGCAGUGGUUCCAUGUUCCCUGCCCCGAGCCCUAAUUCCCAAGCCAUAUUUGCCCAGCUCGCCAGUGGCGGCGCCACUCCCAACACACUCGACUUCCAUCGCACUGCUUUGAGUGUGGCUGCUAAGCGCGAACAGCAACAGAAUCAGGCCCAGAACCAACAGCCGAAUCAGCAGCAGGCCCAACCCCAGCCACAACCCCAAGCCCAAGCCCAGCAACCACCCAUCACACAAUCCCAAGACAUGCCGAACGGUACUGCGAUCAAGGUCGAGGCCAAGCCCGCUUCGGGCCCAUUUGAUGGCCACGACAAUGAUGCUGCUAAUGGCCUCUACAUGCUCGCCCAAGGCCGGAAUGGCGCUCAAGGCCCCAAUGCUUCUGCACCUUCUGUCCCAGCUAGCGCUCCCAAGGUUAACGGCAAUGGGGCCAAGCACACGCGAGGCGCAAGCGAAGUCACCAAUGGCUCCGAGGAAAACGAAGAUGCCAAACCUGCACGUGGCAAGGGCAAAAAGUCACAGGCCAACAAUCGCAGAAAAGCUGACGAACCUCCCGCCAAGGCCCCCCCCGCCAAAAAGGCGAAAAGUGUCAUCGCUCCUCCACCUCCUAGUGAACCAUCCGACAUUUCUGAGGACGACGAAGACGGUGACUCUGCCGGCAGGUCCAAGAUGACGGACGAAGAGAAACGGAAGAACUUUUUAGAGCGCAACCGUGUUGCCGCUUUGAAAUGUCGUCAGCGCCAAAUUACGCAGCUCAGAGAAGAAGUCGUGAAUCUCAAGACUCUCUUGCUCGCACACAAGGACUGCCCGGUCACCCAGCAGCAGGGUCUUCAGGGAGGAUACGCGCCGCCGGGUAUGGAGACCUACGCACACCCGCAAAUGAAUCCCUACGCCAUGGGUGGCCCGAUGCCCAACCAGCAGCAGGUCAUGGCCGGCCAAGGUGUCCCACGCCGUUUCUCCUAG